CCUCCCUCUUGAUCUCCUUGUGCACCGAACCGGGUAGGAGAGGGAGACGACAAGAAGAAAUGGAGCUCGUCCCUUACUCCUCCUCUGAUCCACAACCUCACGCUAAUCUGCCUUGGUCGGAGAUGUUCCGCUCCGCCUCCCUCCGUCGCCCGCCCGACGAGCAAUUCCCCUCUCGUCCGCCUUCCCCUCCCUCAUCGCGCCGCGUCCCCCAAUCUGCGUCCUUGCAACCCCAACAGCCUCCGCCGUCGCCUCCGGCGACCGAUUCCCAUGCCGCCGCUCGACUCGCUCUCUACAUCGCUAUGGCCCACGCUGGCCUUGCUUUCUCCCUCCUCCUACUCUAUGGAAUCUAUUGUCUCCUUCACGACUUCGUACGUCCCCUCAUGUGGGCGCUUCUCUGCUCCAUCCCCCUUCGUCAACUCCAGAGCGCCGUCGUUGCCUUCUGGUCGCCGCCCAUCCGCCUUGGUUUCGUCUCCACCCUCCUUGCUGUCCCCGCCGCCCUGCUCCGCGCUUCCACAGACACCCUUUCUGAUCUCCGCGCCGCCGUGCUCCGCCGCAAGGUGCGUAACUCCCCCCGGGACGGCUUCUCUAUCCUCGUACGCUGGCUCAUCUCCUUCUGGGUCUUCGUAAUAUCCUACGAGCGACUCGGCCCUGUGGCAACUGCCGCCCUCUUCGCCGUCGGCCUCCUCGUCGUUCCCACUGCUACCUCGGCCGUGAAAAAUUCCAGUUUUGCGGCUGGCCGGUCCAACUCCUCUGGCAACGGAAGAGGUGGAAUUUUCACAACUACCGUCCUGAAGCACCUCAACACCAUCGUCGCCGUUGGUUUAAUCGUCGGGGUGAUCAUCGGCGUCUUGGCCGGCGGCGUCUUCUUCUCCUACAAAAUCGGAGUAGAAGGAAAGGAUGCCGUGAUAUCACUUAAAUCCCACGUACAAAGCAGCAACUACUCCGAGAGGAUUGGAUUCAACAAGUGGAUGGAGGAUAAUGAUAUCCCAGGGCUGAUGGAUCAGUACUCUGCAAAGCUUUAUGACACAGUUUGGCAGCAAAUCGAUAGCUUGGCAAUUCAGUAUAACCUGUCUGAUUUCUCAAAUGGUUUCAGACAUUUCUUUAUCAGCCAGUCGGCGAAUCUUUCAAAUGGCGCUUCAACAUCUUUGGUGGUCUCGCUGCCUCACCCUUACAGUGUAAAGCUACAAUCUUUGAGCGCUCACGUCAAGAAUCGUGAUUGGGGGAAGAUCUACAUUGAAUUGGACUCAUUUUUAAGGGAAUUACUGAUUACUAGAGAGGAUCUGGUGGUGAGAGCAAAAGAAAUUGCUAUACAAGGUGUCAAUAUCUCAAAACAAGUUCUUUCCAGCAGCACAUUGAUGCUUGGUGGGGGUGUCAAUUUUAUGGUCUCCAUUGCGCUGAAGGUGGCAUCAGGUGCUGCAGAAGUAGCUAAUUUUAUUUCUCAGUUGAUGGUUUUCCUAUCAGUAUUGUAUUAUCUGAUUACUUCUGAGUCAGGCGGGGCCACAGAGCAGGUGGUGGAGAUGUUACCAUUGUCAAAACAUGCAAGAUAUCGUUGUGUUGAGGUUAUCAAUCAUGCAAUUAGUAGUGUGUUAUUAGCGACCGCAAAGAUUGCCAUCAUCCAAGCUUGUUUGACAUGGCUGUUGUUAAGAUUCUGCUCAGUUCACUUUGUGUAUACAUCAACUCUGCUUGCAUUUAUUAGCUCAUUGCUGCCAAUGCUGCCCAUUUUUGUUUCAUCACUCCCUGCUGCAGUGCAGCUGUUUGUGGAAGGAAAAUACAUAUGGUCUAUAGGAUUAACUGUGAUUCACCUUACGCUUAUGGAUUUCGGUACUUCUGUAAUUCAAGAGGAUAUACCUGGUUAUAAUGCGUAUCUCACUGGUCUCAGCAUUAUUGGUGGUAUGACAUUGUUCCCUAAUGCUUUGGAGGGUGCCAUUAUGGGUCCACUGCUGAUGACAAUUGUCAUUGCUUUGAAGAACUUGUAUACAGAAUUUGUUCUAGCUGAAAAUAAGGAAAGCGAUGGAGAAUAUAUGGCCACUACCAAAGGGGAUGGAACUAGUUAAUCUAUCAAGGGAACAUAUGAUAAGUUACUCUCAUAUUGUUAUGACUGUGCAGAUAGAUUAUUUGAUAAACUGGCAGUUCUGUACUCGUCUUCUUUCCAAAUGCACAUGGGUGUUGACAUUUCCCCUAUGAUCAAGUUGGUUGCUUUGACCUUCACUGCUCUGCUUUGCCACCUCUCUGCACAUUCAUCAAACAUGUGUUUUAAUUUAUGAAGUCAGGCCCAGGGUGUCCAACUUCCAUUUAUUUAAGAGUUUUUACCGUUUCAUAGGUUUUGUUUCAGAAAUGUUUGUGAACUGUUCCAGUUGCAGUGAAACAACUUAAAGUGUACUGUUUCAGAGAUCAAAUUUUCAGUAUUCGUAAAUGGAGCUAGAGAGAUGAUCUAGAUCGGUCGGGA